AUGGCUCCUCAUCAAACAUCACCCCCCAAUGGGACGGCAUCCCCAGAGGCCGGGACUCCAAGAUAUACGUACAGACCAGCUUCACCUGCACCAGAAUCGCCGUGGGCAGACAGCGCGGAAGGGCCCGAGUUGGCCAAGCCCAUGGCCAUCAUCGGCAUGGCCAUGCGCCUCCCGGGAAGCGUACGCUCGGGUGACGACCUCUGGGACCUCCUCUCGAACAAGAAGAGCGGACUCUGCGAUAUACCCAAGAACCGGUUCAACGCCGACGGGUUCUACGACCCGGCUCGGGGCCCCGGGACAAUCCCAGUCAAGAAGGGAUAUUUCCUCCAUGACGUGCAGAUCGAGGAGUUUGACACCAACGUCUUCCCCAUCCCCAAGAUGGAGCUGGAGCGCCUGGAUCCUGCCCAACGACAGCUGCUCCAGGUAGCCUACGAGUGCAUAGAGAACGCAGGCGGGACCUCGUGGCGCGGGAGCAGAACCGGGUGCUACAUCGGCGAGUUCGGCGAGGACUAUGCCGACAGUUCUGCACGCGAGUCACAGCAAAGGGGCAACUUGCGGUACACCGGCCUUGCCGACUUCGCAAUAGCCAACAGGGUCUCGUAUGAGCUUGACCUUCGAGGUCCGAGUAUGGUGGUCAAGACGGCUUGCUCGUCCUCCCUCGUGUGCCUCGACCUAGCCUGCAAGGCCAUCCAGAGCGGCGAAUGCGACAGCGCCCUCGUCGGCGGUGUCAGCAUGCUCUUCUCGCCCGCCACGUACAUUAGCGUGACCGACCUGGGCGUCAUCUCGCCCAAUGGCCAGUGUCGGAGCUUCGACGCCGGCGCGGACGGCUACGCGCGAGGCGAGGCCGUCAACAUGGUCAUGAUCAAGAGGCUGGAUCACGCACUGAGGGACAAGGACCCCAUUCGUGCCGUCAUCCGUGGGACCGGUGUCAACACCGACGGCAGAACCAACGGCAUGCUGACCCCAAGCUCCGCCGUGCAAGCGGAUCUCAUCCGGCACACAUACGAGGUGGCUGGGAUAGAUGACCUGUCACAGACCGCCGUCGUUGAGUGUCACGGCACCGGAACUCCGGUCGGCGACCCCAUCGAGACGGAGGCUGUCGGACGGUGCUUUGGCGAGGACGGCGUCAUCAUCACAUCGGUCAAACCAAGUCUUGGACACGCUGAAGCCGCCGCCGGCCUGUCCAGCCUGAUCAAGUGUGUCCUGAGCUUGGAGCACCGGCAAGUGCUGCCAAAUAUCAACUUCAAGACACCGAAUCCAGACAUUCCGUUUGAGAAAUACAAGCUCCACGUCCCGACCGAGGUUGAAUCUUGGCCGCAGGGUCGAGCAGAGAGGAUAAGCAUCAACGCCUUCGGCAUUGGAGGCGUCAACGCGCACGCAAUCAUCGAAUCCCCGGCGCAGUUUGGAAUCAAGAAGCCUGCCAACGGCGUCGCCAGCCGCGGCGUGCACACAAACGGCGAUUCUGUUCCCAAUGGUUCUCAAAAGCAGCGUGAGCAUGGUCACCGUCAAGACCAAAGCGCCUACGUGAACGGCGAUUAUAUGAACGGCACUGCCGUCAACGGGGCGAACGGCAACGAAAAGUAUGCUGAGGGCGGAUCGAAUCUCCUGGUCUUCUCCGCCUAUAGCUCCGAGUCUCUCGAUCGGCAGAUCAGUGCUUACCGUGACCUGGCAGCAACUCACGAAGCCACCUCGCUCAAGGAUCUGGCAUAUACCUUGUCGAGUCGGCGCGAUCACAGGCCCUACCGGGCUUAUGCCAUCGCCGACGACGCAUCCGGUGUGCAAGACGCCUCCGCCACCGUCAACGCCGUCGUGGAUGGAGCACCUCCGCCGGUGGGCUGGAUCUUCACCGGGCAGGGUGCGCAGUGGCCGGAGAUGGGCGCCAGGCUGAUCGAUACCAAUGCUGCGUUCAGGAACAGGAUCCGUAAGCUGGACAAGUACCUGCAGACGCUGAAGCUGGAGCCACCGGUGAGCAUUGAAGCCGAGCUGCGCAAGACCAAGGAAGACAGUCGAGUGCACCGUCCCGAGAUGGGCCAUCUCGUAUGCGUCGCCAUGCAGGUAGCCCUGGUCGACGUCCUCCGCUCCUGGAACAUCGUCCCAGACUUUGUCCUGGGCCACUCGUCGGGCGAAACGGCCGCCGCCUACGCCUGCGGAGCCAUCACGGCGGAGGCUGCCGUGUACGCGGCAACGAGGCGAGGCAUCGGCAACGCCUCUUCCCAGAGGAAAGGCUCCAUGGCUGCCGUCGGGCUGGGCAGGGAUGAGAUACAGCCGUUCCUGCUCGAAGGGGUCAACAUCGCAUGCGAGAACAGCCAGAGCAACGUCACGCUGUCGGGAGAUACGGAGCAGGUUGAGAGCAUCGUAGCGACGCUCAAGGCUGAGAGACCGGGCGUCUUUGCUCGUUUGCUCCGGGUAGAGAAGGCGUAUCACUCGCAUCACAUGCAUGAAUACGGGCCGGUGUAUGAGGAGCAGCUGAAGCCCGUGGUUCGCAGUGCUAACCCCGAGAUCCCAUUCUACUCCUCCGUCACCGGUGACCGCCUGACCGGUGAGGGACAGCUCGGGCCAUCGUAUUGGCGGGCGAACAUGGAGAACACGGUUCUCUUCAACCCAGCGCUCCGCUCCGCCCUCCGAGAUCGACCCGGAAAACUGGUCCUGAUCGAGCUGGGACCUCAUCCCGCCCUUGAAGGACCAGUCGGCCAGAUUCUCCGAGAUCUGGGUCGCACAGACGACAUCUACCUCGGGACCUGUAUCAGGGGCAGCGAAUGCGAUCGCAGCCUGCUCCACCUCGCCGGAAAGCUGUACCAGCAGUCGAUACCGAUGGACUUUGCAGCCAUCUGCCCACCCGGCGCCGUCUUGACGAACCUGCCGCGCUAUGCCUGGAGCCAGGACACGACGCACUGGGAAGAAUCCAGGGUUGCGCGCGGCUGGAGGCUCCGGGAACAUCCACCCCACGAGCUUCUCGGAAGCAGGGUGCUGGAGACGGAGGGCGAGCCGUGCUGGAGAAAGGUGAUGGCUCUCGAGGACGCUCUCUGGUUGGAUGGCCACGAGGUCAACGGCCAGGUCGUGUUCCCGGCUGCUGGGUACAUCUCCAUGGUGGGCGAGGCGCUUCGGCAGCUGACCGGCGACGCGACAUUCACCGUCAGGAACGUCCGCAUUAUGUCGGGCCUGGUGCUGAGCUCGGACAAGCCGGUCGAGCUGGUCACUCUACUGAGGUCGACCCCGUCCGGCACCUCGGACGAUUCGGAAUGGUAUGAGUUCACCAUCACCUCGUUCGACGGCACGGCAUGGGUCCGGAACUGCCACGGCGAGGCCAUGGCGUCAAGUGACAAGUCGUUCCACCUCGACUCUGUCUCUCCUGCAGCGGGAUCGUUCCCUCGCAAGCUUGACAGGAGGGACUCUUACGACAUCCUGAGACGAGUUGGCUUCAACUACACCGGGGAGUUUGAAGGGAUGGCGGACAUCUCGGUCUCGCCGUCGUCGCUUCAAGCCCACGGUGUCACUUCCCCGGGUCGCCGCCAAGUGACCGAUAGGUCGUCCAGGUGCGCCACGUACUCGGUGCACCCGGCGGUGAUCGACCAAUGCUUCCAGCUCUUCACGGUGGCCCUGUGCCGCGGACUCAGGCGCAGCAACAGGCGGCUGGCGGUCCCGACCUUCAUCGAGGAGCUGGUCGUGUCGCCGAGCGCAUCGCCCCUGAGCGUCACCGCCAAGAUCAACCGCCUGGAUGAGGUUGGAUCCUGGACAGGCGAUUUCGUUGCCCUCGCGGCCGAGGGUCCCGUCGUGAGGCUCAAGGGGAUGAAGUCGGUCGUCCUCGCAACCCCGGCGCAGUCAGAGCCGCCUCUAUCUACGGAGCUCGAGUGGAAGCCGCACAGCGACUUUGUCGGACUGGAGGCCGGCCUGCAUCCGCGUGCACCAAGGAAGAGGGAGUGGGCUCUACUGGAGGAGCUCAUCCUGCUGUGCAACCUUGACCAUCUCGACCAGAUCAAGCCCGAUGACAGCACUGCGCCGUAUCUUGUCAAGCUCCUGGACUGGAUGCGCCUUGUUACGGACCGGUACAGGUCCGGCAAAAACCUGUUCGUGUCUGCAGGCGCUGGCCUCGAACAUUUGGAUCACGACGAGCGAGUCGCCAGGAUUGACUUCCUCAUGGCCCAGCUUGCUGACACGCAGGACGUUGUCUUCGCCAGGGCGAUCCAUCGCCUCUUCAUCGAGGCACCCUCCAUCUUCGCGGGAGAGGGCCAUCCCUUGCACAUUCUCAUGCCCGACAAUGUCCUGAGCGACUUUUACGACGCCACAUCCUUCGACAUGGCCGAUGCCGUCCGCCUGGUGGCCAACACGAACCCUCACAUGCGCGUGCUCGAGGUUGGCGCGGGAACUGGCAGCAUGACGGCCAGGCUUCUCCGCGCCCUGACGUCCUCCCACGGCGAGCGCCUCUACAGCCAGUACGGGUACACUGAUGUGUCGGCCGGCUUCAUGGCCGUGGGGAAGCAGCGCUUUGCCGCCGUCGAGAACAUCGAUUACGAUGUGCUGGACAUAUCCAAGGAUCCUGAGGAGCAGGGAUUCAAGCCCGGCAGCUACGAUCUCAUCAUCGCUUCCAACGUUCUGCACGCUACCCCUACUCUGGACAAGACGCUUCGCAACGUCUAUAGUCUAUUGAAGCCCAGUGGACGCUUGUUCCUGGAGGAACUCACUCCAGAUGCAAUGUUCGUAAACUACGUCAUGGGCUUCUUCUACGGCUGGUGGCUCGGUGCCGAGGACAAUCGUGUGGAGCAGCCAUGGGUCGCGCCCGAAUGCUGGGCUGAGAAGUUGGUCGCCGCGGGAUUCCAGAAGCCCGAGGCCAUCGUUCUGGAUAGCGACAAGCCAUAUCAGAUCAGCGCGGGGAUCAUCGCUUCACGGGGGGUACGAUCGACCUUGCCCUCCAAGGUGGCGGUUCUGUGCCAUACCGCCGAUGAGCCCCAUGCGGUAGAGAUGAUCUCCCGUCUCGGUGCCAUGGGCAUAGACGUCGAGACAUGCCUCUUGGGUCAGCCUCUCCCGUCUUGCGACAUCAUUUCCGUCCUCGAGCUCGAGAAGCCUCUAUUGCAUGAAAUGUCCGAGGAGACCUUCAAGACCAUCAUUGCCUACUUCCAGAGCCACAAGGCAAGGGUGAUCUGGGUGACGGAAGCUUGCCAGAUAGACUGCGCGAACCCCGAGCCUGCAAUGAUGCUCGGCCUCGCCAGGACGGUCCGGAACGAGUACUCACUACAGAUGUACACCGUCGAGCUCGACAAGAGGACGACCACGAGCAGGGCCACCGAGGCGAUCAUUGACAUCUGGGGCCGGGUCGGCACUCCGGACCUAGAUCCGGAGUCUAUGGAUCACGACUACGAAUAUGCCUUGGUCGACGGCAGGAUCCUGAUUCCGCGAUUCCACUGGGAGACCAUGUCGGGUGCGUUUUCAGGGGCCGCGCGCAAGGAGCCACACGAUGUCGAGGUCGCUCUCAAGCACCUCAACAUGUCGACUCCAGGUCUUCUACGCACAAUGAAGUGGAUCGACGGCGGCGUUCCGGCCGCUCCCGCCAAGGGCGAGGUGUUGGUCGAAGUGAAGGCCGUUGGUCUCAACUUCAGGGACGUUAUUCUGGCUCUGGGCGUAGUCGAAGGGAAUCCCAGCGGAAUGGGCCACGAGGGCAGCGGUGUCAUCCGCGCAGUCGGGCCAGAUGUUCAAGACCUCUCCGUUGGCGACAGGGUCAUGUUCAUCCACGACGGCUGCUUCACCACGCAGCUGACGUUGUCCAAGGACAUCUGCGUCAGACUCGACGACUCGACGAGCUUUGUCCAGGGUGCCGCUCUGCCCGCCGUGUAUGCAACCGCUCUGGCGGCACUGGUCGAUGUUUCCAGGCUUCAAAGAGGACAGUCCGUUCUCAUCCAUGCGGCAUGUGGUGGCGUCGGUUUGGCCGCGAUCCAGAUUGCACAGAACAUUGGCGCACAGAUAUACUGCACGGUAGGGAGCGAGCCGAAGCGGAGGUAUCUCGAGGACACGUACAAUAUCCCGGCGGACCACAUCUUCAACUCCCGUGACGUGACGUUCCUUCCAGAGGUCAUGCGCGCGACCAACGGACGCGGCGUUGACGUCGUUCUCAACUCGCUCUCCGGCGACCUCCUGCACGCGUCGUGGAAGUGCGUCGCCGAGUUCGGUCUGAUGGUAGAGAUUGGGAAGCGCGACUUCCAGCGCCGGUCAAAGCUCGCCAUGGAGGUGUUCGAGGCGAACCGGAGCUUCGUGGGCCUGGACAUUCGUGGGCUUUCCAUCUCUCGCCCGCAGAGCGCCGCCGAUCUGAUGCGUCGAUGCGUCGACAUGAUCCGGUCGACGGCCAUCCAGGGUCCUGUCGCGUGCACGACCUUCCCGGCUGCCGAGAUCCAGGAUGCCUACAGGUACAUGCAGAGCGCCAAGCAUAUCGGCAAGAUCGUCAUCGAGAUGCCUGAUGACCCGCAGGACCUUGGUGCAGGUGCACCUCCAGAGGGCGAGUCGACCGAGCUGGAAGUCUCUCCCAGGCCCAAGCCCAGCUUCCGCCCUGACCGUAGCUAUCUCCUCGUGGGUGGUCUGGGAGGGCUGGGACGUGCCGUGGCGACGUGGAUGGUGGAACACGGAGCGCGGGUCUUGGUCUUCCUCUCCAGAUCGGCCCGGGAGAACGAUGACAACCGAGACUUCCUCAACGACCUCCGCUCCGAAGGCUGCACUGUGAUGCUGGUUCCCGGCAGCGUCAGCAACCUCGAGGACGUGCAGAGGGCGGUGGCAAUUGCUACGGCUGACCAGCCACUCGGCGGCCUCAUCAACAUGUCCAUGGUCCUCAGGGAUGUCACGCUCAACAAGAUGACAUACUCGGACUGGACCACGGCUGUGGAGCCAAAGGUCAAGGGAACGUGGAAUCUGCAUCACGCCACUGCAGACUGUACUUCAUUGGAGUUCUUCAUACUGUUCUCUUCACAGAACGCUCAGAUCGGCCAGUGGGGCCAGGCCAACUACGCGGCUGCCAACACUUUCCUCGACGCCUUUGCCCAGUACCGGCACGGGCGCAACCUCGUCGCUUCGGUCAUCGAUGUCGGCCUCAUGGGCGAUGUGGGCUUCGCGGCGGAGAACCGCGCGAUCCUGAAGAAGCUGGGCAGGAUCGGCAUGUAUAUCCUGCAGGAGACGGACCUACUCGAUGCCAUCAACCUGGCUCUUCUGAAGUCACAGCCCAUGCACGAGACGGAAGACAAGAAGACGAGUCGCUACGUCACGCCGGGCUACGUGGGCAUCGGUCUCAACACCACGACGCCCAUGUCUGCCGCCUCGACCCGCGUCCCGUGGAAGCGAGACCCGCGCAUGAGCAUCUACCACAACAUGGACAGCUCCAGCGGAGACGUCAGGGGCGAGGGCUCCUCCAAGGGCAGCUCGCUCAAGGUCGUCCUGGCCGCCGAGCCAUCUGAGGAGAAGAAAACCGAGAUCAUCGCCAGAGCCCUCGCCGGCACUCUCGGCAACUUCCUGAUCAAAGACGGGAGCAGCUUCCCACUCGACAAGCCCCUCAAGAUGCUCGGCAUGGAUUCCUUGAUCGCCAUGGAGGUGCGGAACUGGAUCCGACAGAACAUCGGCGCUGAAACAAGCACCUUCACUGUGCUGCAGAGCUCUUCCUUCAUGCAUCUUGCCGGCGAGAUCAGGGCGGCGAUGAAUGCGGCGAGCGAGGAGUGA